AUGAACUCUCUCAAUGACCUAUGCACCAACAAAGACGGCAAAGACGCCUUGCAACUGGCCGUGGAGAAGGGGCAGUUCCCGGCCUUUCGCCUGAACCUGUUCACCAAUGCGCAGCUUCUGGACGUCGAGUCUGGAGACCGCGCGGAAGCGUUUCUUCAGGUUGCCCGCAACUGCCCUGAUGCGGCAACAGCGCUUCUGCGCUCCGAGUAUCCGGACUCCAAGCACGCGCGGAACUUCGCAGACGGGUUCGACGAAGUCGAGGUUCGAAGUAUCAAGAUCAGCAAUAGCUGGACCUAUAGCAUCCAGAGUGCGGUGAAUCGGGAACCUCCAGUGAUCACGGUCAAGAAGCUCUGCGAGCUCAUAGAGGUGGCGCCGCAGUCUGCCGUCGACCUGCUGGAUAUGCUCACGGCCAAGCCGAAGGAGGGGAACAAGUUCCAUAGGCCCUUGCCAGUCCGGGCGAACAUCCCGGUGGAUCAAGAGGCCUGCCGACUCAGCUGCGUGUACAUCACGGAGAAGGAGUGGACCUGGAACGCCUCGGAGACGAAGCCUCCGGCAUGGCAGGACCAGCUCGCGCCUCCCGACCCCAAGAAGAGUCAGGAGGUCACCGUGCGGGUGCUGCUGCUUCCAGGGGUUCUGAACUGUGAGAUGGUCCACUGCCUGGCGGCGACGAAGGACCAGCGCAUCUUCACCAAGCUGGUGAUCCACGCUCUUCUGAAGCACCUGUGGCAGGCGUUCAGGCCAAUGUUCCUCAUCGACCUCGGCCAUCAGAUUCUCGCCAACGCGGUGAUCUGCUACUGGAUCUGGGGCUCCGGCCAGGUGCAAGCCCCGAAGAUUCUGCGCUGCGCGCUGUGGGGCCUGUUGGCCUCAGAGGGCGUGUCAGAGUGCUUCACCUUCGUUUGGACCCUUGUGCGUGGCUACAAGCGCCUCAGCACCCACCUCCUUUUCCGCUGGAUCAAGCGCGCUUUACCACGGGCCGUGGUGGGCACUUUCGCGCUCUCACUGGCUGUGGAGACUGCUGUGGAGUUCCAGCCGAUCGACAAUGGCUCUGUCUUGCUGUCCAUCAACAGCCUGCUGCAUUGGCUGCUCAUACUCACGGAGAUUCGCGCCUUCCGUGCGACUGGCCGGAGGAUUCUGCCCAUCAUGAAGUCGGUGACUCCCAUCGCUGGCAUGCUGCUGAUCAUGUGCUCCAUCACCCUGGCUUUCCUCCAUGCGUUUUGGGCCAUGGACCGCGCUGACAUCAACGAAAUCUCGAUGUUCAACAUCGUGGUGUUGCUCUUUACCGGAGAGCAGUUCUUGAGCGGCGACGAUUUGCGGCUGAUGCCCGAGCGGGAGAAGAUCGCCAUCAUCCUGCUGUCGAUAGGGGGAGUCUUCAUCUUCUUGACGUGCACCAUCAAUGUCUUCAUCGCUGUGCUCUGCGAGUGCUAUGACCAAGAGCAGGAGCGCAUGGUCUGCACGUUCCUCAAGGAGCGCGCGAGAAUCUGCAGUGGCUACUUCCUGCGCCCGAAGAUGCAAGCAACCGGCUUCAGUUUCCUGUCGCAGGAGAUACGCAAGCUCACGUGGUGGCGGUGGAUCGUGCUGCUAUUGGCCGUGGUGGUUUUCUACGCCGUGACGCUGUAUCUCAUCUCGGAGGCGGACAUCGUCACGGCCUGGUUUGGGGCCGUGUAUCCUUCCCUGUCGGUCCUUUGCAUCCAAAGCAUCUCCCGCGACUGCGCCACAAUCAACUGGAAGAAGAGCUACCUCUGGCUCUGUCACGAAAAGUCCAUCGACGAGGAGACCUUCCUGGCUCCCGAGCAGCGCGAUGACGAGGACCACUCGGGCAGACUCACGCAGGUGAAGAAGUUCAUCCGGGAACGGAUGAAGUCCUGCAUGCAGAAGGUGCAGUAUCUCCAGAUCUCUGUGAACGGCGUGAGGAAAGACAUGGAUGGUCAGAAGGAGCUGCUCCAUCGGAUCAGCACGCAGGUCGGGGCAGCGUUCUUCCGCACGCCACGGUAG